AAUGCCCCUCUUCCUCCCCCCGCAGGCAGCUCCUCGUCCUCGUCCCCGGGCGGCCGCACCCCCAUGUUCGUGGCCACCAUCCCCAACGUGACGGUGACGCUGGGACGCGACGCCUCCCUGCCCUGUAUCGUCAAGGACAUCGGCGACUACCAGGUGACGUGGAUGCACCUGAACCGUCAGAUGUUGCUCACCAUCGACCAGCGCACCAUCACGCUCAUCCCGCGGUUCAGCGUCACGCAGGACGACCCCACCACCUGGACGCUGCACAUACGCGACGUCGAGCCCACGGACACCGGCUACUACGUGUGUCAGGUGAACAUGAUCCCCGUCAUCAACCAGGUCGGCUUCGUGCAGGUGGUCGUGCCGCCGCAGUUCGUGGAUGAGGAGAGCAGUCAGUCCCACGUGUCGGUGCAGGAGAGCCACGACGUGAGGCUGGUGUGCCGCGCCAAGGGCAUCCCCAAGCCGCUCAUCCGAUGGACCCGCGAGAACGGCCUGCUCUUCACCUCCAGCAGGGGCGGCCAAGGCAUGCAGCAGGUGGAGUCUGAGGAGCUGGUGCUGAAGAGCGUCACGCGGGAGGACAUGGGCGCCUACCUCUGCAUCGCCUCCAACAAGGUCCCGCCCUCCAUCAGCAAGAGAAUCGUGCUGGACGUUCAUUUCCAUCCCGUGAUCACCGCGCCCAACCAGCUGGUGGGUGCGCCUCUCGACACCUCGGUCACCCUGGAGUGUCAGGUGGCCGCCUUCCCCAACGCUGUCCACUUCUGGCGCUUCAACGACCAGCUGCUGAUCAACUCGUCCCGCCAGGAGACGCAAGAGAUACGCAACGGCUACACCACCCACAUGAAGCUCUCCCUCAAGAAUCUCAAACCUAAGGACUUUGGAACCUACGUGUGUGCCGCUAAGAACUCGCUCGGGGAGGGUGACAGCAACGUUCGUCUCUACGAAAUUGAAGUAAAUCGACGACAUGAGGAGAAGCAAGAGCAGAAGGGCAACAGCAACUCAGUGAUGAGAGCGGAGCAGCCCAACACGGACCGCAUCAUGGACGUGUGGAGCAAGCCAGGUGACUUCAGGGCAGGUCUGGACUCUGACUCGCCGAGCUACACUCUGGAGGAGGCCAGCAGCGCAGAGGGAGGCGGUGAGUUUGCCGGGAGUCUGGGCGGUGGCGGAGGCUCCCUCGGUAGAACAGGCUUUGGUCCCGUGUCCUCGAGCAGUACCAUAUCCCAGGGCCGCGGCUUACUGUGGUGUGGUCUGUGGCUCAGCUGUGGAGUGGCCUCAAUCUGGCUGCUCGGCUCACCUCAUCUUCAGCCCGGUAUUUUGCUAGGCGCCUUGGUGGUAACCCUUCUAGUGGAGCACUCGACACCUUUCCUCGAUCUGCGGUCAGCCUUGGCCCACACCUGACAGCCAUUACGAAGAUGAAAACCUUCACAGUGAUUCAGCUUACUUGUGAAGGAUAUGUAUUGUCAUAAUCGUCGUGUUGUUGGCGUGGAGCUGUCUCAUGUUUUGGGGUCUUGUAAUGGGCGGGUCUUAGUGAAAAGUUCUAUGAAGGAGACGCUUUGUGUCAAGUAUCGCCAAGUGUGACCAGGUGACAGAAAAUAAACUAAGAGUUGACGUUCUCAGAAAAGUGGCUGCGUGGAUGAGUGUUUAACAAAUUAAAUGUGGGUGGGCGUCGGCUACCUUGUAAGCUUACUAACUCGAACUAAAUGAGUUGUCUCAUAUACUUAGAUAAUAUUUAGCAAUGUCCUUUGAAUAUCGCAUCGGCGCUGUACGUAAAUGCUUCAGUGUGGUCUAUAAUUAUGUGUUCAUCUAAGACUGUGACACGGAUGGGGCGUGACACGUCUACGUUAACAUAACUAGCAGGCUAUACACAGUGAAGGAACGUUUACUUACAAACAUAACACAGUGCCCGCAAGACUGGCCCGAGUGUGAGGAGUACCGAGUUCUUCCUGCAGCAAGAUACGCCGUUGUGUGUGUACGCACCUACUUGGCGAUGCAUCUUCCCUCUUCAGAAAACCAUAAAUCUCUGGGAAACAUUAUGAUAAAAAGGUCCCGUGUUUCCAAGAAUUUCACCGUUCCAUAUGUUUUAUAUUUUCCUCUCUUUAUUCUCUGUAGUAAAUCAUGUGUAGGUUAUUUUUUCUCCCCGUUUCGUCGGGCCAAAGUUCUGAGCCUGGGGAUUGCUGCUGCGCCUCCGCCGCCCGUGAAGAGAAACUUCCCGCUGCCCCGCCCGCCUUCACGCCGACCUGCCGCCCCUCCACUGCUCCUCCGCCCUGAGUCCCACCGGCCCUGCGUCACGUCUUCUCGUCUCCCCAUCCUCCCGCCGCUUCACACUCCUGCCCUUCUGUCUUCCCGUUCACUCACCUCCCCGUCGCUCAGUUGCGCAGUCUCUGUACGUCCUCCUUCACCCAUCACACUCGCAGUCUGCAGCGGUUAUCUUCCAGUUCUUUGAGUUUUUAUUGCAUAAGUCAAAGUUUGCUAUAAGUAUUCAGAGGAUAAUGUACCAGAACUCUUGUGGUAACUUUUGUGAUGCAUAGCGAUACCUUCACAAAGAGUCCUGAGUUAUGAACAUGAUCCUUGCAUACUGUGAAGUUUUACAAAGUUAAAAAGAAACUAAACUGAACCGAUAGUUACGCUUAGGAAAGCAUAUUUGCAUGCCACAAAGGGAAUCUGAAACUAGUAACUCUGCAGGUAAAGAAACAAGGAUGUGAGGAGAGACUUACAAGGAGAGAAUCAAUAACCAGCGACUGCAUAUGGGUUUGGAAUAUAGAUUUAGCGACACUAUCUGACGAACCGCGAGCAGGAAGCCUUGAAUAUCACCUCCACCAACAUCACUUUCGGCAAUCAUGUCGAAGAUUUUGGCAUGUAUCUUGCAUAACGUUCUUCAUGAUAACCUCAGCAAGCCAUACCCACGAAGAAGAUACAGAAUAACCGAAAACAUGUUCCCUCUAUUGUUUCUGCUUGAUUUCUGCAGUGUAAGGGAAGUCACGGAUUGCUACUCGAGUUAAGUGUACCAAUACGAAGCCAUUUACUGCAAGUGGCUUGUUCGCAUAUAAUCAAUUACGUUAUUGUUGACUAUUGCAUUUAAUUUUCAUCAGUAUUUUUAUGCCUCAGCGUGAUUAUCAAUGCCACUUGCUUAGAAUAUUAAUCAUACCUUCAACUAGGGGUCAGUGAUUAAGGAGGAACAAAGAUCUCACAUUAUUUUGAAAGGUUUUCUUCAAAAAUACAAAUAUUACCUAAUCUGAUAUUAAUAAUUCAUUCCUACUCACGUAAAGGAUUCUCUCUCUCUCUCUCUCUCUCUCUCUCUCUCUCUCUCUCUCUCUCUCUCUCUCUCUCUCUCUCUCUCUCUCUCUCUCUCUCUCUCUCUCUCUCUCUCUCUCUCUCUCUCUCUCUCUCUCUCUCUCUCUCUCUCUCUCUCUCUCUCUCUCUCUCUCUCUCGUUUCAGGCCGCGACAGUCUAGUGUUGGCAUCGUUGACAACAGAUCCUAACCUUGAUGUACAGGUAGCGGGUGAUGGUGGACGCCGCGUGGCUCGGUGUGUUGUCUCUCUCUUCACCGCGGACGAAUUCAGUAUUCUGUUUUUGGUGGUGCUCCAGUUAACAGUACAUAGUUUAUUGUAGAAGCUGUAGUAGUAGCAGCAGUAAUGGUAGUCGAAGCAGUGGUAGUACACGAAGUAGUAGUAGUAGUAGUAGUAGUAGUAGUAGUAGUAAUAGUAGUAGUAGCAGUAGUAGCAGGAGUGAUAACUGGCAUUAGCAGCAGAAGAGCUAUGGUCGAGUGGGUCGUGUAUGCCUCAGCUAACUUGGUCGGUACUUUUAUUACCAUUUUCUCCUGAACUCGCUUUAAUAUUCGUUUGUUGAAGGUAUUUGAAACCUCCACGCCUCUAUCUACAGUUUCCUGAAAUAUUCAUAAUCCAAUUUCCUGGCUUCAUACCAAUCUAUGUUUUUAACCGAACUCCCUUAUAUAUAUAUAUAUAUAUAUAUAUAUAUAUAUAUAUAUAUAUAUAUAUAUAUAUAUAUAUAUAUAUAUAUAUAUAUAUAUAUAUAUAUAUAUAUAUAUAUAUAUAUAUAUAUAUAUAUAUAUAUAUUAAGCCAACGUCUCUACAUUAAGAAAACGCCACCAACCAUCUUAUGUAUCUCAGCCAUGCAUCACCAUUCUUUUAUUUUACAAGCUUUUGAUCCCACGUAGACAUCAUCUGCGAGCCUAGUUUUAAUUUCCAGCACACCAGAUACUGGUUAAUCAUGUUUUCCUUUAUCUUUACAUAAUCUCUCCUUAUCCUUGAGCAGCCUGUAACCCCAUCCAUCACCCAACACUCCAGCACUCAUCUUUUCAGCCACAUCGUCGUUGGACUCUCAGUUACCCGCCGUUACCAGCACCCUCCGCUACCGUACACUCGACCGCAAUAGCAAGACAAAGCCACUUACGAAUUUCUUCGAUACAAAUAUAACUUCCAUGGUACUGAUGUCUUCUCGAGUAUAUUAUGUAAUACGUGGUUGAUGUAUUGUAUGGAUAGUUUAAUGUAAAUAAAUAUAUGAUAACUGUUAA